AGGAGCUGUCGAGAACUAUGGACCAUACUGCUGGGGCGGUCUGCACUGAGGGAGCCGGCUCAGAUCGAGGCUGAGCUUGACAAACACUGGGACAGGCUCCAUCAAGGACUGAGUUACUACAAAGCACCCAGCUCAUCCUCUGCUGGGAAAGUGAAGGACAACAAAGAUGUUGCACAGCCCCUGAAAGACUUUGGUCUAAGGAUCAGUAAACUAUUGAAUCUGGAUGAACAACAGAGUGUGCAGCUUUUACAGUGCUACCUGCAGGAGGACUACAGAGGGACUCGCGAUUCAUUAAAGGUCGUUCUUAAGGAUGAGCGGCAGAGCCAGGCACUCCUUCUAAAGAUAGCUGACUAUUACUAUGAGGAGCGCAUGUGUCUACUCAGAUGUGUUCUCCUCCUGCUGACAUACUUCCAGGAUGAGCGGCAUCCCUAUCGCGCUGAAUACAGUAACUGUGUCAAUAAGCUGGAGAAGGACUUGGUGAGCAGCUACCAGUCGCAGUUUGAGAAUCUCUUCAGGGCCGAGGCACCAACAUGGGAAACUCACGGAAACCUGAUGACGGAGAGGCAGGUGUCCCGCUGGUUCCUGCAGUGUCUCAGGGAACAGUCUCUGCUGCUGGAGAUCAUCUUCCUUUAUUAUGCCUACUUCGAGAUGAGCCCACCCGACCUUCUGAGCUUCACCAAAAUGUUCAAAGAACAGGGCUUUGGCUUGCGACAGACCAACAGACACCUAGUAGACAAGAGCAUGGACGCCCUGGUCGACCGGAUCGGAUACUUGAGCUGUCUCAUCCUGGUUGAGGGAAUGGACAUCGACUUCCUGCACAAAUGUGCCCUGGAGGAGUGCACAGAGCAGCACCAGUUCUCCAGCGCCUCUGACGUCAUUAAGGAGAUGGAUCAGCUGCUGCUGACACUCGGGGACAUCCCUCAUCAUGGCCCUGUGCUACUGGCCUGGGUCCUGCUGAGACACACGGUGAGACCAGAGGAGUCCAGCCCUGUGAUCCGGAAGAUAGGCAACACCGCCCUGCAGCUGGGGGUCUUCAAGUACCUCUCAACCAUGCUGAAGGGGGUCGGAGUCUCUGGGAAUAACUGCACAGCCAGCACAGCCAGAAUGUGCAUUUAUGGCCUCCUUUCAUUUGUGGUCACUUCCUUUGAAGAGGAGAGCCUGCAGACCGACGGCGUGGCGUCGCAGUCGUCCCACCUGAUCGACGCCGCCUGCGAGGUCCUCUCCGCUCCCAGUCUGGCCGAAGUCUUUUGGGAGAUGAAGCCAAACAUGGGCCUGGGGAUGAUUCUGGACAGUGCGGUGGGGAUGUUCCCCCAUAAGAUCAGACCCCUGCUGCAGCUCCUGACUGCGCUUGUGUCCAAUAAGUCCAGCGUAAAAAAGGUGUACAACUUCUUGGACAAGAUGUCAUUUUACACACAAGUUUACAAACAUAAGCCCAAUGACAUCAUCUCCAAUGACGACGAGACGCUGUGGAGGAGACAAACUCCAAAACUCCUUUAUCCUCUCGGUUCCGGGCAGACUAACCUGUGGCUGCCGCAGGGCGUGCUGGGUCAGGUGGUCAUUGGCGGGGAGCAGGGCUACAUGGUGCGCUGGGACCACUCCUACAGCUCCUGGACUCUAUUCACCUGUGAGGUGGAGAUGCUGCUCCACGUGGUUUCCACCGCAGAUGUUAUAGCUCAGUGUGCGCGUGUGAAGCCCAUCCUGGAUCUGGUCCAUAAGGUCAUAAGCACCGACUGGACGGUGUCCGACUGCCUGUUGCCUCUCACCUCUCGCAUUUACAUGCUGCUCCAAAGGUUAACGGCGGUCAUCAACCCCCCCGUGGAUGUGAUUGCCUCCUGUGUGAACUGCCUCUCCGUACUAGCUGCAAGGAUGCCAGGAAAGGUGUGGUCCAGCCUGCAUCACACGGGUUUCCUCCCCUUUGCCUCCAACCCUUUGACGAGCAUGGCUCAGUGUGUCAGUGCUGAAGGGAUGAAGGCAGGUAACUACGGCAACCUGUUGGUCCAGAUUGAGCAGCCCAGGGGGGAGUAUGCUGUGACCAUCGCAUUCCUGCGCCUCCUCACCACCCUGGUUAAGGGUCAGCUGGGAAGCACUCAGAACAAAGGCCUGAUCCCCUGCGUGCUGCUGGUGCUGAAGGAGAUGCUGCCCACCUACCACAAGUGGCGUUACAACACCUACGGCGUCCGGGAGCGAAUAGGUUGUCUGAUUUUGGAGCUGAUCCACGCCAUCCUCAACCUGAGCCCAGAGGGGGAGGAGCAGGGCAGCACUCCCACCCUGCAGUCUCUGUGCAUCUACAGCCUGGCAAACACCGAGGCCGGACAGGCGGUGGUCAACAUCAUGGGAGUGGGAGUGGACACCAUAGACGUGGUCCUGGCCGCACAGCCCAGCAGCUGCGGCUCCGAGGGCCCGGGCCAGAUCCUGAUCCAGACGGUCAAGCUGGCCUUCUCGGUCACCAACAACGUCAUCCGGCUGAAGCCGCCGUCCGACGCCGUGUCCCCGCUGGAGCAGGCGCUGACGCAGCACAGCGGCCACGGCAACAACCUCAUCGUGGUCUUGGCCAAAUACAUCUACCACAAGCACGACCCGGCGCUGCCCCGCCUCGCCAUCCAGCUGCUCAAGAGGCUCGCCACGGUGGCUCCCAUGUCCGUGUACGCCUGCCUGGGCAGCGACGCCGCCGCCAUCAGGGACGCCUUUCUGACGCGGCUGCAGAGCAAGACGGAGGACAUGAGGAUCAAAGUCAUGAUCCUGGAGUUCCUCACCGUCGCCGUGGAAACCCAGCCGGGCCUCAUCGAGCUCUUCCUCAACCUGGAAGUGAAAGACGGCAGCGAAGGCUCAAAGGUAGGACCGGACCGGAGCGGGGCCCCCUGUUCAUCUUCAGCCCAGCCGAGUCCAGAGGUGACCGGUCUGUCGUUUGUCUCCUCGGAGGAGUUCCUGCUGGGGGAGUGGAGCUGCCUCCACGUGGUACUGGACCUGAUAGACUCCAAACAGCAGGGCAAGUACUGGUGCCCCCCCCUGCUCCACCGGGCGGCCCUCGCCUUCCUCCUGGCCCUCUGGCAGGACCGCAGAGACAGCGCCAUCUCCGUCCUGCGCACCAAAGCAAGAUUCUGGGAGAACUUGACCACACCUCUUUUUGGGACCCUCACCCCUCCUUCAGACACCACAGAGCCGUGCGUUCUGGAGACCUGCGCCUUCGUGAUGAAAAUCAUCGGCCUGGAGAUCUACUACGUCGUCAGUGGCUCCCUGGAGCAGUCUCUAAAGGACGGCCUUCAAAAGUUCUCCAACGCGCGGCGCUACGAGUACUGGUCCCAGUACGUGAAGUCGCUGGUGUGCCACGUGACGGAGGCGGAGGAGGAGGGCAUCUGCUACCUACCAGAGACCCAGAUGCUGAUCUCCGCUUGGCGGAUGCUGCUGAUUCUCUCCACCAGUCACGCCGACGUGAUGCAGCUGACGGAGGACGCGACCAAGCUCACGCUCUUCAUGGACGUGCUCGACGGGACCAAAGCCGCUCUGACCUCCCCCAUGUCCGAGCCCUGCCUUCGUCUGGGCUCCAUGAUGACCACGCUGCUGCUCGUCCUCCUCAAACAGUGGAAGAGUGUGAUAGCAGCCGCCCCCGACCUCCUGUCCCCCCUGUCCCUCAUUCUGGAGAACGUCCUGCAAGCUGACCAGCAGAUGAUGGAGCGCACCAAAGCCAAACUCUUCUCCGCCCUCAUUUCGGUGCUGCAGAUCCAGGGGCUCAACGGCGGCGACAUCUCCCAGCUGCCCCAGCUGCUGCUGUCCGUGUGUGAGACGGUGAAAGACGAGGCUCUGGUGCUCAUCGACAACACGCGCCACGCCAGCCAGCCGGCCGAGGCGGCGCCGGAGGACGAGGACAGCAUGGAGACGGACUCCCCCCGCGGGCCGCACAAGGACCAGAAGGACGGGGUGUGUGUGUUGGCGCUCCACCUGGCGAAGGAGCUGUGCCGCACCGACGAGGACGGCGAGCACUGGGUGUCGGUGAUGAGGAGGGUCCCGGUGCUGCCGUCGGUGCUGAGCGCCGUGGAGCUCAGCCUGCGCUCCAAACACAACCUGUUCUUCACCGAGGCCGCGCUCCACCUGCUGCUCACGCUGGCCCGCACGCCCCAGGGCGCGGCAGCGGUGGCCGGAGCGGGGGUCAUUCAGACCAUCUGCCUCCCUCUGCUGAGCGUCUACGAGGUCUCAUCCAGCGGCGCCGUGCAGAGCUUCUCCCGGAAGUCCCAGGACUCCGCCUGCUGGCCGGGCGUGUACCGCCUCUGCAUGUCGCUGAUGGAGAGCCUCCUCAAAACUCUGCGCUACAACUUCAUCAACGAAGCCCUGGACUUUGUGGGAGUCCACCAAGAGCGCAUCCUGCAGUGUCUGAACGCCGUGCGCACCGUCCAGAGUCUGGCCUGCCUGGACGAGGCGGACCACACCGUCGGCUUCCUGCUCCAGCUCUCCGGUUUCUGUAAGGAGUGGCAGUUCCACCUGCCCAAGCUGCUCAGAGACGUGCAGGUCAACCUGUGCUACCUGUGUCAGACCUGCACCUACCUGCUCCACAGCAAGAAGAUGCUGCAUCAUUACCUCCAGGCUAAGAACGGUGAGGCGUUGCCUCCCGGCCCCCUCCCCAGAGCGCAGCGGACCCCCCAGACCCCGUCCAAAGAGGCGACGCCACCGGCGGCGGUGGGAGGAGGAGGAGGAGGAAGAGAGGGGGGGGGCGGCGACAGGGAGGAGGCUGAGCAGAAGGCGCUGCUGGCCGUGCAGUGCAGCCUUCUGAAGAUACUCAGCAAAACGCUGGCCACUCUGCGCCACUUCACUCCGGACUGCUGCCAGAUCCUGCUGGACCAGUGUAUGGACCUGGCGGAGUACCGGACCCUGUUCGUGCUCAGCUUCACCACCCCCGCCUUCGACCCGGACGUGGCCCCCUCGUUUGGGACCCUGCUGGCCGCCAUCAACGUGGCCCUGAGCAUGCUGAGCGAGAUGGAGAAAAAGAAGGAGCCGGUUUCUCUCAGCAUCGUCUCACUGGCUUCAUCGGAGGAGAUCCAGGCUCUCAAGUCCCUGCUGAUGUUCACCAUGGAGAACUGCUUCUACGUCCUCAUCUCUCAGGCCGUUCGAUGUCUAAAAGACUCCUCCAUCCUCCCCCGAGACAAACAGAGGCUGAAGCAGGAGCUCAGCUCUGAGCUGAGCACUCUCCUCUCCAGCCUGUCCCGCCACUUCCGGAGGGGCUCCCCUUCGUCUCCGGCCAGCGGCAUCCUCCCCUCCACCCAGGCCAAGCCCUCCACCCCGGGCUCCAAGGUGAGCCACGAGGGCCAGGAGCCCAUCAUCCAGCUGGUCCAGGCCUUCGUCAGACUCGUACAGAGAUAG